CCCACACUCAUUAUCUCAUCCACACACGCUGAAGAGAUAUUUGCACUCUGAUCAUUUAGCUUUGAGCUGCUAAGAACACAGGGAUUCUCACUUUCCUCCCUCAUGGCUCUAGCCAUAGCCAACAGUGGAAGUUCCACCGGCGGAGCUAGAGUCCUUUACAGCAGCUCCACCACCAGACAGUAUCCCUACACCAACCUCUCCUCACAACGCCAGCUCCUCUUCCCUCCCUCCUCCAGAAGAGCCCUUCACGUGGUGGCAGCCAAGAGAUUCACGUCCAGAACUGGAAGGACCGACGGCAAGAACAGGAGGAGCAACACAACCACCAGAGACCAAGAACAAGAGAUGAUGGGGUCGCAACGAACGGCUGAGAUUGAAAACGUCGGUGGUGGGGCUGUGGGAAACGUUGAUGAUGGGUAUUUCUUGCCUAAGCUUCCCGGGGAUGAGCCUUGCUUUUGGGAAGGUGAAAAAUGGGACUGGCUUGGAUUCUUUGUGGAGUACUUGUGGGCUUUUGGUAUUGGCUUUGCGCUUAUUGCUUGUUUAGUUGCUGCUACUUCUUACAAUGAAGGAGCAACUGAUUUCAAGGAGACUCCAGUCUACAAAGAUUCGUUCCAGUCUCGGGAGUUUUUGGAAGAACCGGAGGCAUCCAACCCGGAUGUCUUCGAAUCCAACCCAACCGAAGUGGCUCCUAGUUUGGAAUAGUUUCUCAAUGAAAUACGUGAUACAAUCCUAGGCAAGCAAACAUUCUGUCGUAGUUAAAUAUCUCUGUUUGUAAGGUGACUUUCCACAUCUAAACAUCUUUUGUUUUCUUUCUGAAUUGUAUUUUAUGAUCUUGUACGAUGUUUAUCAAAUUGUCAGAGAUAGCAUUAUUUGUGGA